AUGACUCUGGUGUUGCCCCUGAGCAGCUUCUGCGAGCCCAUUGUUUCUUCCGAAGGAGCCGGCGAGUUCCAGCCGCUGUGGGAAGCGCGCUGUUGCAGCAAGAGCAGCCCCGCCUUGGAUGCCGCCGCCGCCGGCAGCAGCAACAGCAACAGCGGCAGCAGCAGCAGCAGCAGCAGCACCGCCCAGGGGCAGGCGCAACAGCAGCCGCCGCCGCAGGGCAGCGACGGCCGGACACCCGUUGGGCAGCCUCCUCCCUCAGCACUACACCAGAGAGGAAAUCCAAACCCUGGAGCACCAUCUAAGAUCACAUAUGUUAAAAGAAAGUAUGUGGAAGAAGAAGAUUUUCAUCCACCACUGAGUAACUGUACACCCAAAACAAUCUCUGUAUUUGAGGAGCGGGCACAUAUUCUUUACAUGUCUUUGGAAAAACUGAAGUACAUUGAUGACCCUGAAGUCUACCUAAGGAGAUCUGUUCUCAUAAAUAAUUUAAUGAAAAGAAUUCAUGGAGAGAUUAUUAUGCAAAACAACUGGUGCUUUCCUACUUGCUCUUUUGGAGGUACUUCAAGUCAAGAAUGGUUCAUGUCUCAUGACUGUCCUUAUAGGAAGCGUCUUCGGAUGGCACGGGAGGACUGUGAAAAGAUCCACACAUGCUGCUUUUAUCAAGAAUGUGGCAGCCAUUAUUUAAGUUUGCCAUUAUCUACUAAUUCUGCAGUGGGGAAUUCCACCGCUUCUGUAUCUUUACCGAGUUGUUCCCAACAAGUGGAAUAUGGUAGCAACAGUUCCCCUGUUUACAGGAGUGAUGAACAUAUACAUGCCAAUGAAAUUUUCAUUACAAAUGCUGGGCCACAUGAUAAUCAGGACAAGUCAAUAUUCAGUAAUGAGAAAGGAGGCCAUGAUAUAGAUCGAGAACAUGCUUCAGACUGGGAAUCUAUGAAAAGUGAUCAUGUCAUAGAAUGUAAAAACAAAUAUUACAAUUAUUUUGAGAUGGGUCACGAUGACAAGAGCAACAUGAAUGAAUGUUGGAAGAAGUGUUUACGAAAAAGGGAGUGUUUACCAGGUAGCAAAAUUUGUUGCAGUAAAGGAAAUAAAAUAUGAGCCAUCUUCUGAAUAAUUUCAGUUUAGAAGCAAGUACAGUAUUGACAUUAUCAGAAAAAAAAUCAGUUUGGAUCAAUUUUCUUAUGCUUUUAUAGAACUGGUACAAUUGUGUCAUAAGCUUCAUGGAUACUUUCAGUGACUGUGGAGCAGAUUCCAUCAAAGUGUAUGUAUGGUCUGCAUCAUGAGCUAUUUAUAAAUACAAGGGAUCCUUACAAAAAGCACAGUCGCAUUGUAUACUUCCAUUGCUAGAAGAACCAAUAAACCAGAUGGAGAAAAUACAAUUCCUUUCAUGUAUCCCUUUGGGAAACUAGCAGGAAUUAAGAGGAAUCUUCUUUAUGCUUAUCAAUUAAUUAUACAUUUGAUAAGCAAAUUGUUACCAGCGAAAGGAAGAAUACAUUUUACCUAUCAAAAUGUCUGUGAGACUGCAUAGAAAUGAAAUGGAAUAGGCCCACUUUAUGGUCCAGAAGUGACAUUAUUCUAAUGUAUUUAAGUCUGGUUUUAUUGAUAGGGUACAAUAACACCUUUUUAUGGAGACUCAAUUUGAAAUGCUACACACAGUUCCAGCACAUGCACAGUUUUCAGCUAAGCUGCAAGAAUGAACAAGCCUUAUAGUGGUUUAUUGCUAUAAAGGCAGAGAUUUUUUGGUGCCUUACUUUUAAUCUUAAUUUUUCCAGGGUGAAAAUUAAGUUUAAGAAAACUGCUACAGCAGGGAUGUAACCUACACAGGAAAAAAAUAAUAACAGGGUGGAUCAAAUAUUAUUAGAAUUCUGUCUCCUUUGAAAUACAAAGCUUGAUUUCCUAUUCAAUUGCCGCUAUUCAUUCUUUUUGCUCAGUCGCUUUUUGAUUUGCCAUUUUAACGAAAGGAUUGAAGGAAAAAAACAAUAGAGAUGUGUCUCUUGUAAACAAGCAUUAGCUCUUUGAAUAUUUCUAUGGCAACUGUCUGUUGCUUUGAUAUUUUUUUUCCUUUUUCUUUCUAGUAUAAUGAAGUUCAUGAACCAGUGGCAUGCUUUAUAUUUU